AUGGAGCCUCCGGCGCCACCUUCGCAAAAGGCGUCCUUCCCCACGCUCGAGGUUCUCGACCCCUCCACACCACACGUAUUCAUCAAGCCUACGAAAUGCAUCAACGAGGGUCCUGAUGUUGAGAAGUUUCUCGUUUCCAAGGCCUACAGGGACAUUGGAAUGUUCGUCAUGCAGGUAGAGGCCCUCGUGGAAGAAGCACCUCCUGAUCCGGGUCCGAGGAGGUUCGGCAACGUGAGUUUCAGGAAGUGGCACCAGCUCAUACAAGAAAGGGCCGAUGAUUUGAUGGAUGAGUUCAUCGACAAUGAGCAGAGGCUGGACUACGGAACAGGGCAUGAGCUGAGCUUCUUUGCCUUCCUGGCUUGCCUUUGGAAGCUCGGUGCAUUCAAGGACGGAAAAGAGGGUGGGGAUAUAGAGAGGAGCUUGGUCCUGGGUGUCUUUGAACCCUACCUUCACGUCGUCCGGCGUGUCAUCCUCACAUACACUCUAGAACCUGCGGGCUCCCAUGGUGUUUGGGGUCUCGAUGACCAUUCCUUCCUCCCUUACAUCUUUGGCUCGGCGCAGCUCACCAGACCUAUCGCAGAGGACGAGCCCAUGCCUCUCGAAGGUUCUGUGAGGGGCGCGCCCAAGACUGGAGACGUGGUCAAGGCCCAGGUCGUCGAGGAGGAGCGGCAAAAGAACUUGUACUUCUCCGCGGUAGGCUUCAUCAACGAUGUGAAAAAGGGACCGUUUUGGGAGCACAGUCCCAUUCUCUUCGACGUGUCGGGGGUUCAAGACGGCUGGGGAAAAUCAACAAGGGCAUGA